CUUCCUGCCUGAACUCGUCCCCGGGUGAGAGGUCAGUAAGGCUGGGACUGCUCGCCGUAGACCGAGUGAUAUUACACCGCAGCAUCCCGGGACAAUGUGACCCUUCCCUGGAUCACCUUCAUUAGCUAGUCGGAGCGGAGCGGCGCGGAGUGCAGCAGGAGAGGCGAGACGAGCUAGGCUGCAGGCGAGUAGCGGUAGCUAAGUGAGCUGGGCGGCUGGGCCAGCGCUGAGCCCGCGGAGAGGACCGAGCGCACAGCCCGCCCUGAGCCUCCUCCCUCCGGCUGCAGUGAGCUGGCAGCAGCGCGAGGAGGAGCUGAAGGCGACGUCCCCCGGGCCGUGUGGUGAGUCGUUGACCAUGCGGCAGUGGUGCCUCCCUGCUGUGGCUCCACGCACCGAACCGCUCCCACCGGGCAGACCCUCGCCUCAGCUCUCAGAUGCCAGGAUGGAGUGUUGUGACGUGGAGCCACGCUACACGAUCGAGCAGAUUGACCUGCUGCAACGGCUGAGGCUCUCGGGGUUGACCAAGCCUCAAAUCAUUCAAGCCCUAGAGUCUCUAGAGAGACUGGAUCCAGACCACCGUGCCGCUUGCUGUGACAAUCACUCAGCCCCACCCAGUGCUCCUACCUCUGCGGCCGCGGCCGCCCCCUCUUCCUCAUCUUCCUCCUCUUCUUCUCUCACCUCAGCUACCACACAAACCCCUGUCAUAGAAGCUGCUCUGUCACCCAGCAACAGCUACGAUGCUUCACCCCCACCCCUCUACCCACCCAGUGCAGUUCAGAGGUCAUUUAAUUAUGACCUGGCAGAAGAGGACUGGGAUCUGGAAGAGAAGGUGGAGGAGUACAUGAGGAGGGACAGUAACCUGGUGAAGGAGGAGAUCAAGGCUUUUCUCAAUAACAGGAGGAUCUCUCAGGCUAUUGUUGGACAAGUCACAGGUAUUAGUCAAAGCUACAUCUCCCAGUGGCUACUGCAGCAGGGUCUGGAGAUGAGUGAUUCCAAGCGCAGGGCCUUCUACCGCUGGUACCUGCUGGAGCGCAACAGCCCAGGGUUCAGAUGGAGUGAAAACCAGCAUGCUCAGGGCCCCAGGAGCAGGACUGACACCCCCUGGAGUAGACAGAGAGAACUACUGAUGCACCUGCUCCCCUGGUACUCUGCACACCAGUCCCAGCAAGGUGCGACUCUGUCUAUGCGCUCCAUGGUUAAAGAAGAACCUGAUUGGAGGGUUGCUGGUAGCCCUGCAGACAGGGUGGCUGUAGGUGGGCCUUUCAGACUGAGAAGGGGCAGCCGCUUCACCUGGAGGAAAGAGUGCCAAUCAAUCAUGGAGAGUUUCUUUAUAGAGAAUCAGUAUCCUGAUGAAGCCAAGAGAGAGGAGAUUGCCAAUGCCUGCAACUCUGUCAUCCAAAAACCAGGGUGCAAACUUUCAGAAUUCGAGAGAGUCACUGCACUCAAAGUGUACAACUGGUUUGCCAAUCGCAGAAAGGAGAUGAAGAGGCGUGCUAACAUAGAGGCUGCCAUUCUUGAGAGCCAUGGAAUAGAAGUGCCAAGCCCCAGCUGCCAUUCAAAUGGUGAAGAGGUUGAGAACCAGGAGUUUGGGGAUCAGGUUGUAAAUCAGCGAUUUCCUGAUCAGGAAGAGCUCUCUCAAAGGAAAGACAGUGAGCCCGAUGGAGUCGUUUUGCCUGCAGUGGAAGUAGUACCUCUUCCAAGCCCCUCCUCUCAACAUGUGGAUCAGAAGCUGGAUGAAUCCAAAAGGGAGGCCACUGAUGAAGAGUGAGUGGCGGGAGGAGUCAGUGUCUUAUUUUGGGUGGCCUGUGCCGCUUAGUGCUACUCUAACAGAUUUUCGCGGAUGACGUCUGAGUCAGGCCAGACACCAAAUUCUCUGGUGCCUCUAGUUGUAGGGAGGCAACUGUAUGUAUCUACAGUAAUCACGCUUGUAGUAAUGGCAAUAUUUAUCUCUAUAUACUAUAUUGUGCAUUCCAAGACAAGUCUUAACACAUCUUUUAAGAGGGAAGGACGGUUGGGGUGCAAAGUUGUUAACCCUUCACUUCAUGCUAAAGCCUUUUACCUCCCCAUUCUCUUCUCUAGUCUCAAGUAAAACAGUUCGACAAAUAUACAGAAACCUAACAGGGGAGGAAGCACUGUGCGAGGAACCUGCAGGACAGGUAUUUGGAUGUGGUGACUGGGUGCACUAAAAUUGUGGCGUUUGUGUGAAUGCAGGCGGUGUUGAAAUCUCCUUAGUCACAUGCAGUAUUCACAUACUGAAUAAUACAGUAACACAACCUGAAUACCACCACCAACUCAGGUAAACACACAUUUGGGAAUGGUGAAGUGGAAGUGGCCCCAUAUUCACUCACCAUCAUUUGGGUAUUGGGGUUUUGUGUCUUGGACAACAUUAUCAUACGUGUUAUAUGUCUGUCUUUGUCUUGUUUUGUUUUUGUUUUUUAUUUUUCAAUGUUUAGUAAGCAAAGCUGAAAUCGUUUCUUUAAGAUCUAUACAUUAUAGCAGAUCACGACUUUACACUCUUUUUAUAUUAACCACUACUUCAAGCCUUUCUCUACCCAGUCACUUAAGCUAUUGUGACCUCUGACUGGUAUUCGGGCUCUAAAAUGCUUCUUUUUUUAACCUCGAUUAUGGUUUGCUUUAAGCACCAUUUAUUACUUACAUAAGCUAUUGUAGUAUGUAAAGCUACAGAAAGACAUGUCUCUAUGUCAGAUUUAGAAUCUUAUGCAAAAAGCUGCUUUCAAGUGGAUGAUCCACCGUCUUUUCUCCCCCAUCCCUUUCAAGCCAAAGCUAUGCCAAGGUAAGCGAUCUUUCAGAAAGGAAGUUUAUGUGGUCUAAGACUAAUGAAAUUCUUUCUCUGAGGAGUUUAAAGGAACAGAAAUGUGCUGAAAAAGUGUGCUCUGGGUGUGGGAAAGUGUUAAUUAAGCCAUGAUAAUCCAGGCCUCAGCUCUGUAUACCAGAACAAGAAGCAGUGUUGCACGCUGUCAGGGCCCAUCUCUUUCUGCAUUUCCUUGAUGACCUAAAUAAAAUCAAUAUACAAAUACA